UAACCCCUGACUCACCGUUUACCUAGACGGUUCUUGUCACUAUUCGAAAAUCUUUAUUUCAUUUCAGACGUGAAUCUGUUCAGUAUGAAAACAUCAAGUUUUUGUGUGUUUCUUUUGAGUGCCUUUUUUACACGAGCUCGUAUCCAACUCAAUUCAUGUCGAAGUUCCCGAAGUGGCACUUGCAUAGACAUUUGGAAAUGUCCAUAUUACGUAAACUUAUUAAAUGCAAAACCACGACCUCCGCAUCUCAUUCCAAAAAUGAAACAAAACCUUUGCGGGUUUGUUAAUCGUGAAACCCCGAAAGUUUGUUGUAGAAAUUUGGACCGUGAUAUGAUUUUUGGCGGAGAUUUUUUGACCACUCAUGAAAAUUUUCAUUUACUCCCGAUGGAUAAUUGUGGACCAAUUUCUCACAGCACACGAAUAAUGGAAGGAGGAGUUGCUACUCGUGGGGAGUUUCCAUGGAUGGCAUUAAUUGCCUACAAAACAGGGGAUUCCCCCGAAGAUGAAGAUUUUAAGUGUGGUGGAAGUUUAAUAAACGAGAGAUACGUACUGACUGCUGCACAUUGUCUGGAUGAAGCUUCUAUAUUAGGAAUUCGACUGGGCGAAUACGACAUCCAGACCGAAAAGGAUUGUGACUCUCGGGGACAAAAUUGUGAACCUCCAGUACAAGACCUCCUAAUAGACAAAAUAAUCAUACACAGUCGCUACAAUCCCUCAACUUAUUCGAAUGAUAUAGGUUUGAUAAGACUCGCGACCCCUGCAAAUUUCAACUACGAUAAUGUUAAACCAAUCUGCCUGCCACAUGGAAAUCUCCUAAAAGCAAACCUUGUGGGGAAAUUCCUAACCGUGACUGGUUGGGGAGUUACAGAAACUGGUCAUAAAAGUAUGAUUCUUAGCAAGGUUUCAAUCCCUAUUGUUCCUUUGAAAGAGUGUCAAAAGCUUUAUGGUAAAUUUAAACCAAUUUCAAAAGGACAAAUUUGUGCUGGAGGUUACAAAGGACGAGAUUCCUGUUCCGGUGAUAGUGGAGGUCCAUUACAGUAUAUUACUUCCUUGGGACCCACCCAGCGAUACGUCCAAGAAGGUAUCGUGUCAUAUGGGCCAUCGCAGUGUGGAAUUAAUGGUCGACCAGCGAUUUACACCGACGUGAAAGAAUAUAUGUCAUGGAUUUUAGACACCAUUGAACCAUAGUUUAAACAAUUAGUGAAAAACUGUGACCAGUUUCUUGAAAAUGUGAUAUAGUACUGUUUUAGGGUUUAAUUUAUAACUAGUUUUCGGUAGUGGUCAAAACAAAGCUAGAUGAUUUUUAUUUUUAAUAUACCACAGUACAGAAUAAAUGUAGGUAUUUAUUGUGAC